AUGCAGUUCUCCAAGAUCCUCAGCGUCUUCUCGCUCGCCGCCGCUGCCUCGGCCACUACCGUGGGCUAUGAUCAGGGCUAUGACAACGCCGCCCGCCCGCUUACCGAGGUUGCUUGCUCGGACGGCGUCAACGGCCUUAUUUGGAAGUACAACUGGCAAGUCCAGGGCGAUGUCAAGCGCUUCCCGUACAUUGGCGGUGCCCAGGCCGUCGAAAAAUGGAACUCCGCUAACUGCGGCACUUGCUGGUCCGCUUCCUACAACGGCAAGACCAUCUACAUCCUCGCCGUCGAUCACGCUGACCAGGGCCUCAACAUUGGUCUGACCGCUUUCAACGACUUGACCAGCGGCCAUGGCGUCGAGAUCGGCCGCAUCGACGCCAACGUCCAGCAGGUAGCACUCAGCUUCUGCGGUCUCUAA